GUCACUCUUUCAAAGCCUGGAAUAAAAACGGCAGCCAACUUCUGAGGCGGCCUCAUUGCCCAGCGGCCCCCAGCCUGUGACAGGUUCCAUCCAUUUUCCUUGCCCCCUGCUCCCCGCGACCCUCUUUAAGAGACGACUAGAUCCCUCGGUUCCAUCCCGCACACCAUGGACAAGUGUUGGUGGCACGCAGCUUGGGGACUCUGCCUCUUGCAGCUGAGCCUGGCACAGCAGCAAAUCGACUUGAAUAUAACCUGCCGCUUUGCAGGUGUAUUCCAUGUGGAGAAAAAUGGCCGCUACAGCAUCUCACGGACUGAGGCAGAAGACCUCUGCCAGGCUUUCAACAGCACCCUGCCCACCAUGGAGCAGAUGCUGAAGGCUCUGGAUUCAGGGUUUGAAACUUGCAGGUAUGGAUUCAUACAAGACAAUGUGGUGAUCCCGAGGAUCACCCCCAAUGCCAUCUGCGCAGCUAACAACACAGGAGUGUAUAUCCUCCAGUCCAAUACUUCCCACUACGACACAUAUUGCUUCAAUGCCUCAGCGCCCCUUGAACAAGACUGUACAUCUGUCACAGAUCUGCCCAAUUCCUUCGAUGGACCGGUGACCAUAAAUAUUGUCAACCGUGAUGGCACCCGCUACAGCAAGACGGGAGAGUAUAGGACACACCAAGAAGACAUCGACGCCUCAAAUACUAUUGAUGUUGAUGUCAGUAGCGGAUCUUCCAGUGAGAAGAGCACCUCAGAAGGCUACAUUUUCCACACCUUCCUUCCCACUGAACACGCAAUUGGAGAUGAGGAUGAAUCCUACUUCACCAGGAGCACCCCGAGCACCAGUACGGAAUCAAAUACCAACCCCACAGGCUGGGAGCCAAAGGAGGAAAAUGAAGAUGGCACAGACAAAUACCCCAGUUUUUCUGGAUCAGGCAUUGAUGAUGAUGAAGAUUUUAUCUCCAGCACCAUUCCAUCCACUCCACGGGUUUCUGACCACCCAAUACAGAACCAGGACUGGACCCAGGGGAAGCCAAGCCAUUCAGAUCCAGAAGUACUACUUCAGACAACCACCAGGAUGACUGAUGUAGACAGAAACAGCACCAUUGCUCAUGAAGAAAACUCAACCCAGGAACCACAGCCUCCUGUCAAUCACCAUGAGUAUCAGGAUGAAGAGGAGACUCCACAUGCUACAAGCACAACCUGGGCAGCUCCUAGUAGUACAGCAGAAGAAGCAGCUACCCAGCAGGACCCGUGGUUUGAGAGUGGAUGGCUGGGGAAGUACUCCCCCACACCAACGGAAGACUCCCAUGUGACAGCAGGGGCAACUGCCUCAGACGACAAUCACCAUCCAAAUCUAAGAAUGACGACACAGAGUCAAGAGGACGUCUUCUGGACUGAGUUCUUGGACCCAAUCUCACAUCCAAUGGGACAAGAUCAUCAAACAGAAAGGAAGGCUACAGACUCCAGCCAUAGUACAACCCUUCAGCCUGCUGGAACUCCAACUACUCAUGUGGUGGAAGAUUUGAACAGGACAGGACCACUUUCAGUGACUACUCCACAGAGUCAUUCUCAGAAAGUCUCUACAUCACAUGAAGAACUGGAAGAAGACCAAGACCACCCAACAACUUCUAUUCUGCCAUCUAGCACUAGGAGUGGUGGUAAAGACGGAAGAAGAGGCCCAAGCCUUCCCAAAGACACAACUACUUCUCUGGAAGGCUACACCCCUCAUUAUCCAGACACAAUGGAAAAUGGGACUCUCACCCCAGUGGCCCCUGCUAAGACUGGGGUCUUUGAAGAAACCGAAGUGACUGUUGCUGCAGACUUCGACUUUAAUGUUGAUAGCUCCGUACCAGAAGGCCGAGACACAUCCAUGGACCCCAGGCAUGGUUCCGACACUGUGACAUAUGGAUCCGGAUCAACUGGACACUCAAGUGGAAGUCAAGAAGGUGGAGCGAACACGACUCCUCUUCCUGGGAGGAGACCUCAGAUUCCAGAAUGGCUCAUCAUCCUGGCAUCUCUCCUGGCACUGGCUCUGAUUCUGGCUGUUUGCAUUGCUGUCAACAGUAGGCGCAGGUGUGGGCAGAAGAAAAAGCUGGUGAUCAACAGUGGCAAUGGGAAGGUGGAGGACAGGAAGACAAGUGAGCUCAACGGAGAGGCCAGCAAGUCUCAGGAAAUGGUGCAUUUGGUGAAUAAGGAACCAUCAGAGACUCCAGACCAGUUUAUGACCGCCGACGAGACCCGGAAUCUGCAGAAUGUGGACAUGAAGAUUGGGGUGUAGUGACUACCCCAGUAGCUUGGAAAGACACCAAAUUGCUGACAUGUCAAUACUGGGAGCUGGGACCCUUCACAGAUGCAGUGUGCUACUGAUUACUUUCAUUGGGGAUAGUUUCAGCAUAAAAUUUUCUAUUCCUUUUACAUUUUUAAAAAAGUCCGUUCCAAUUUAUGAAAACAGCAUUGCUUUCUGAAACGAGGACCCAAAGAAUAUUCCAUUAAGAAUUUGACUCUUCCAGUUCCUCCUGAGAGGCCUUGCAUUCCCAGGGUAUGCUACAGGUGGCUUCUAUCAAAUUCAUAUUCUUGAUCCCUAUUGAACCCUUUCCCUACCCUAAGUUCCAGGUAAUAGUGACCAGCUAGGGACUUUCCCCAGGGCUUAGAGGAAUUGGUCUCUGGGAGGAAAUUUGAAUGGGUCCAUAUUGCCUCUCCAGCAGUCCAGUCCUUGGGCAUUGCUUUCCAGUGGGGUGGGAGAUCAGGUGUACUGGUUAUACACCCUUUUUAUAGACUCCCCUCUCUGCUGGAAAAAGUUCAGAUGCUUCUGAGAGAUCCCCAAAGGGUGAUGCUAUUUAUCUAUAGUAAGCUAUUUAUCUUUGUUUUUGAAAUAUCAAACCCUGGAGGUCAUUUGUUCAAUAUGACAUUUUUUAGGUUACUUUGUCAGAAGCGUAACAGGGUAUAAGUUGAUUCAUAAUAAACACCUGUCCAUCUUCCAGCU